AUGGACAGGAACUACCCCAGCGCCGGCUUCGGGGACCCGCUCGGCGCCGGGGCGGGAUGGAGUUACGAGAGGUCAGCGAAAGCUAGCUUGGUCUAUGGCAGCUCCCGGACCUCGCACCCAGAGACGGACAUCUUACACCGCCAGGCCUAUGCGGCCCCCCACCCACUACAAAGCUAUGCCACCAACCACCACCCGGCAGGCCUCUCUGGACUGUUUGACACUGGCCUUCACCACGCGGGCUCAGCAGGGCCCGACGCCUCCGUCAUGAAUCUCAUCUCGGCCCUGGAAUCCCGGGGCCCCCAGCCUGGCCCUUCUGCCUCCUCUCUCCUCUCCCAGUUCCGCAGUCCCUCGUGGCAAACAGCCAUGCACACACCAGGCCCCACGGAGCUCUUCAUCUCGGGCGCCCUACCGGGUUCCAGCACCUUUCCGUCCUCCUCUGCCCUGUCGGCCUACCAGCACCCAGCUUCCUUUGGCAGUCGCCCCUUUCCAGUGCCCUCGUCCCUCAGCCUCCAGGAUCCCCCAUUCAGUCCUCCUGCCAACGGGCUCCUGUCCCCUCAUGACGUGCUCCAUCUGAAGCCCUCGCAGGCCCCCACGGUGCCCUCCUCGUUGGGCUUUGAACGCCUAGCGGGGGGUGGUGUCCUGGGACCUGCUGGUCUUGGCCCAGCGCAGACCCCUCCUUACCGUCCUGGCCCCCCAGAUCCUCCUCCACCUCCCCGCCACCUCCCAACUCAGUUCAAUCUGCUGGCUUCCUCUUCUGCUGCUGCGGCUGCCGCUGAACAAUCCUCCCCUCAACUGUAUAACUUCUCCGGGGCUGCCCCAGGCCCGCCACCCUCCGAGCGGGCUCUGCCCCGCCAGGACACCGUCAUCAAACACUACCAGCGGCCGGCCAGCGCCCAGCCCCCGCCGCCCCCACCCCCAGCCCAUGCCCUCCAGCACUACCUGAGCUGUGGAGGCAGCUACCCCUCCAUGGGUCACCGUGCCAACUUGGCCUGCAGUCCCCUAGGUGGUGGGGAGCCCUCCCCGGGUGCUGGUGAACCCAGCAAGGCUGGGCCUAGUGGGGCUACAGCUGGGGCAUCGGGCCGGGCUACGGGCCCUGAGGCCGCCGGGAGUGGGGGUGGAGGGGGUGGGGGUGGAGGUUAUCGCCCCAUCAUUCAGUCACCCGGCUAUAAGACAGGCAAAGGUGGUUACGGAGCUGCCACUGGAGGUGCCAACAGGCCACCGCCACCCCGCUCAACUGCCACACCCAAAUGCCAGAGCCUAGGCGGGCCAGCGGGGGCCUAUGCUGCUGCUGCCGCCGGGAAAACCUCUGGGGCUGGCGGGGCUGGGGGCCAGGCCUAUUCCCCUGGGCAGCCCCAAGGGCUUCUGGGACCCCAGGCCUACGGGCAGGGGUUUGGCGGGGGCCAAGCACAGGACUUGAGCAAAGGCACCGGCUACUCUGGAGGUCCCCCACAGCCCCCCAGUGGGCCCCCACCUCCUGGCCUAGCCACUUGUCAGAGCUACUCUCCAGAUCAGCUUCAAGGGCAGCUGUAUGGGGUGCAGAGCGAGCCGUACCCGGGGCCAGCUGCCCACUCUCAGGGGCUGCCCACUGCCAGCCCCUCGCUAAGCUACAGCACUGGCCACUCCCCGGCCCUCUCAGGCCAUGGAGGCGGCUGGGGGCCCGGCUCCUUGGGGGGCGGCGGGGAGGCCAGCCCCUCUCACAUCAUCCGCCCUCUCCAGUCACCACCAGCUACUGGCCGCCCCCCUGGAGUGGGCUCCCCUGGAGCCCCAGGCAAAUAUCUGAGCUCUGUCUUAGCCUCGGCUCCCUUCCUGGCGCCCCCCGGAGCUGGCAGCUAUGCAGCAGGAGCCGGUGGCUACAAGGGCAAGGGGGAUGGCUCCGAGCUGCUGGCCGGCCCUGGGGGACCCCCGGCCGAGCGCACCGAGGAUGAGGAGUUCCUCAUCCAGCACCUCCUGCAGGCGCCCAGCCCCCCGCGGACCUCAGGGGCGGACGGCUUGGUGGGCGAGGACGGGGCGGCAGAUGCCUCCAAGGGACUUGGGGGAAGUGGUGGGGCCGGGGGACCACCAGGUACGCCCUACGAGUUGGCCAAGGAAGACCCCCAGAGGUACCACCUGCAGAGUGUCAUCCGGACCAGCGCCAGCCUGGAUGAAGGCGCCACGGCCGCCCUGGAGCUGGGCCUGGGGAGGCUGAAGGAGAAGAAGAAGGGCCCGGAACGGGGUGGCGAGACCCCUGAGGGGCUGGCCACCUCCGUCGUCCACUACGGGGCGGGUGCCAAGGAGCUGGGGGCCUUCUUGCAGAAGAGUCCUCCACCCCCACCUCCCACCGGCCAGCCCACCCAGCCCACCCCCCACGGCCUCCUCCUAGAGGCUGGAGGCCCUGACCUCCCAUUGGUGUUACCUCCGCCUCCCCCUCAGCUGCUCCCCUCAGUCCUCAGCCAUGCCCCCAGCCCCUCUCCCAGCGCCCCCAAGGUGGGUGUCCACCUCCUGGAGCCAGCUACCCGCGACGGGGCACCCCAGCCACCCCCACCACCCCCGCCGCCCAUGCCCCUGCAGCUCGAGGCUCACCUCCGCAGCCCCCGGCUGCGCCCCGACGAGAGUCUGGAGCCGCCAGGUGCCAUGCAGGAAUUGCUGGGGGCUCUGGAGCCACUGCCCCCGGGGCCUGGUGACACUGGCGUGGGCCCCCCAAACUCAGAGGGCAAAGAUCCCGCGGGGGCCUACCGGAGCCCCAGCCCGCAGGGUCCCAAGGCCCCCCGCUUCGUGCCUCUCACCUCCAUCUGCUUCCCGGACUCCUUGCUCCAAGAUGAGGAACGCAGUUUUUUCCCCACCAUGGAGGAGAUGUUUGGGGGCGGGGCAGCGGAUGACUAUGGCAAGGCUGGUCAGCCUGAGGAUGAUGGGGACCCCAAGGCGGGCGCUGGGCCCCCUCCCGGACCUCCAGCCUACGAUCCUUACGGGCCUUACUGCCCAGCUCGAGCGUCAGGGGCAGGGCCGGAGACUCCGGGACUGGGCUUGGACCCCAACAAGCCCCCUGAACUGCCUUCCACUGUCAACGCCGAACCUCUGGGCCUGAUCCAGAGUGGACCCCAUCAGGCGGCUCCGCCACCCCCACCUCCCCCCCCCCCGCCAGCCUCCGAGCCCAAGGGCGGCCUCACCUCACCCAUCUUCUGCUCAACCAAGCCAAAGAAGCUACUCAAGACUUCGUCCUUCCACCUCCUCCGACGCCGAGACCCCCCCUUCCAGACGCCCAAGAAACUCUACGCCCAGGAGUACGAGUUUGAGGCUGAUGAGGACAAGGCCGAUGUGCCUGCAGACAUCCGCCUCAACCCCCGGCGCCUCCCCGACCUGGUGUCCAGCUGUCGAUCGCGGCCAGCACUCUCGCCCCUGGGCGACAUCGACUUCUGCCCACCCAACCCGGGUCCUGACGGGCCUCGCCGCCGCGGCCGGAAGCCCACCAAGGCCAAGCGGGAUGGCCCUCCCCGGCCGCGGGGCCGGCCCCGCAUCCGCCCUCUGGAGGGUCCCACCAUCCCCGGACCAGCCUCUGCCUCCAUGGCCAGCGAUGGGGCCAAGAAGCCUCGGGGGCGGGGCAGAGGUCGAGGCCGGAAGGCUGAAGAGGCCGCAGCCACUCGGUUGGAGCCACUGAAGCCACUAAAGAUCAAGCUGUCUGUGCCCAAGGCUGGUGAGGGUCUGGGCGUCUCGUCAGGUGAUGCCAUUUCCAGCGCUGACCACAACAGCCUGGACUCCAGCCUGACUCGGGAGAAGAUUGAGGCCAAGAUCAAGGAGGUAGAGGAGAAGCAACCGGAGAUGAAGUCGGGCUUCAUGGCCUCCUUCCUGGACUUCCUCAAGUCGGGGAAACGCCACCCGCCGCUCUACCAAGCAGGCCUGACGCCCCCCCUCAGCCCCCCCAAGAGUGUGCCACCUUCCGUGCCAGCCCGAGGCCUGCAGCCCCAGCCACCCACCGCUCCCGCUGUGCCGCAUCCGCAGCCUGCUGGGGCCUUUGGGCUGGGCGGCGCGCUGGAGGCAGCGGAGAGUGAGGGGCUGGGGCUUGGCUGCCCUUCGCCCUGCAAACGGCUGGACGAGGAGCUGAAGCGGAACCUGGAGACGCUGCCAUCUUUCUCCUCCGAUGAGGAAGACUCCGUGGCCAAGAACCGGGACCUACAGGAGAGCAUCUCCUCGGCCAUCUCUGCCCUGGAUGACCCACCCCUCGCUGGACCGAAGGACACUUCCACCCCGGAGGAGCCACCGCUGGCCACCACCACGGCUGCAGUCCCAGGACCUCCGCCACCUCCUCUCCCUGGGCUUCCCAGUGCCAACAGCAAUGGCACGCCCAACGAGCCCCUAGAAGAACCCCCGAUGCUGGAAGAGAAGCCUCCCCCCUCCCCACCUCCUGCCUCCACACUUCAGCCCCCACCACCUCCACCGCCACCUCCAGCCCUGCCCUCGCCACCCCCGCUGGUGGCACCUGCAGCCAACUCGCCACCACCACCUCUGCAGCAGCCACCCACACCUGCACUGCCCUCGCCGCCGCCACCCCCACCUCCUCCCCCUCCCCCUCCUCCCCCUCCACCAGCAACUGCCCCUCCAGCCGCCCUGCCUGAGGAACCCGCAGCCCCGUCCCCUGAGGACCCCGAGCCCCCUGAUGCUCGGCCCCUGCACCUGGCCAAGAAGCAGGAGACGGCAGCCGUGUGUGGGGAGACGGACGAGGAGGCGGGCGAGAGUGGCGGAGAGGGCAUCUUCCGGGAGCGGGAUGAGUUUGUCAUCCGGGCCGAGGACAUCCCCUCUCUGAAGCUGGCACUGCAGACGGGGCGCGAACCCCCACCCAUCUGGCGUGUCCAGAAGGCUUUGCUACAGAAGUUCACUCCAGAGAUCAAGGAUGGCCAGAGGCAGUUUUGUGCUACCAGUAAUUAUUUGGGGUAUUUUGGGGAUGCCAAAAACCGGUACCAGCGCCUGUAUGUCAAGUUCCUGGAAAAUGUCAACAAGAAGGAUUACGUGAGAGUCUGUGCCCGGAAACCCUGGCACCGGCCACCAGUGCCAGUCAGACGCUCCGGGCAAUCCAAGGGCCCCUCCUCAACAGGGACUGGCUCUGUACCUCCACCCAAGACCCCGGCUCCCCCUCCCAACCCUGAGAAGACGACUCCCGAGAAGCCCCCUGAGCAGACGCCUGAGACACCUGUGCCUGAAGCCCCUGCCUCUGAAAAGCCAUCGCCACCCCGGCCCGUGGAGAAGGAGAAAGAGAAGGAGAGGGUGUCACGGGGGGAGCGGCCACUGCGGGGUGAGAGGGCCUCUGCUGGGCGGCAGACCCGGCCCGAACGGGGUCUGGCCACAGGACAGUCUGCUUCCCGCCUGCCCAAGGCCCGGCCCCCCAAGGUGAAGGCUGAGCCGCCCCCCAAGAAGAGGAAGAAGUGGCUAAAGGAGGCAGUGGGCAACUCCUCGGCAGGUGGGGGCCCCGCUGGCAGCUCCUCGGAUUCGGAGUCGUCCCCCGGGGCUCCCAGUGAGGACGAGCGAGCAGUACCUGGGCGCCUGCUGAAGACCCGUGCCAUGCGGGAGAUGUACCGGAGCUAUGUGGAGAUGUUAGUGAGCACAGCGCUUGACCCAGACAUGAUCCAGGCCCUGGAAGAUACGCACGAUGAGCUGUACCUGCCACCCAUGCGCAAGAUCGAUGGCCUCCUGAACGAGCACAAGAAAAAGGUCCUGAAGCGGCUGUCACUGAGCCCAGCCCUGCAGGAUGCCCUGCACACGUUCCCACAGCUGCAGGUGGAACAGAGUGGGGAGGGGUCCCCCGAAGAGGGAGCCGUGCGGCUGCGGCCGGCUGGGGAACCCUACAACCGCAAGACACUCAGCAAGCUCAAGAGGAACGUGGUCCGAGCCCAGGAGUUCAAGGUUGAGCUGGAGAAGUCCGGGUACUACACGCUCUACCACUCACUCCACCACUACAAAUACCACACGUUCCUGCGCUGCCGCGACCAGACUCUGGCCAUCGAGGGCGGAGCUGAGGACCUGGGCCAGGAGGAGGUGGUCCAGCAGUGCAUGCGCAACCAGCCCUGGCUGGAGCAGCUCUUCGACUCCUUCAGUGACCUGCUGGCCCAAGCACAGGCCCACAGCCGCUGUGGGUGACCCCCACAGCCUGCACGGGCACUUCCUCCAUGAUCAGAGAAUUGGGACAGAACUGUUGUCCUCAGGAGCUGACCCCUGGGGCUCUCCAUUGCGGCCAGGAGGACCAGAAAGAGGGGGGGGGACAGUCAUUGGUCAGAGUGUGUCCACACUGCUCCUCCCCCCAGGGCAGGGUUCAGAGUUCGAAUCCCUCCUCUUCCUGAGCCCUCUCUACCCUUCCCCAAUUUCCCCACUGUCCGGUGUACAGAGAAAUUAUUUAUAUAUAUAUGUAUAAAUGUCUAUUUAGUAA